AUUUACACUAUUUCAAUUUGACUCAGUCCCUGCCCUCACUUUAACAUGGAAAUAUAUGAAUCUGUUACUUUAUCAAUUUGGAGGGGAAACAAAUAAGGCCUUGGAAUUAAUAGCUUCAUUUUACAUAACAUCAAAACAUACUCACUUGCCAUUACCCUUGUAGAUUGAUAUUUUUUUUGUAUAGAUAAUUAAAGGCGUAUAUUUCUGUUUGAAAAUCUUUUUAGAUCCAGCUGGCUGGAGAUUUGUUCCGUUAUUGAAGCUUGCACUCCAUUCUACUGACCAUCUUUCUCAGAGGAUCUGACGGCAAUGCAUUAAAACCAAGCAGCGUUUCCACCAUGCCUAUAAGAAUGGCUGAGCAAAAGCCUUGUGUCGCUCCUCUUUCCGAAGAAGGCAGUUCACUUUUGGGAGCUCUUGGAAACACCGAUAUCCGUGAUCUCGCAGAGUCUAGCUACAGGGAUAUUAAAGAGUGGAUUGAUUUGCAGGAAAAACGAGGAAAGGCCAAGUCAGAGAAAGAUAAACUGAGCCAGUCUCCGUACACAACUGAGAUUAGUAAGAAGGUCACUGAUUUUAUUGUUCCAAGGCCACCAAAUCGACCAAAACCCCGGCUGCAGAAACUUGAGAGAGCAUUUUCCCUUGAUGAAAAGCAGUGGAGAAGGAGGUUUAAAGCUAGUCAAGAAAGCUUAACAGAUCCAAAUGACACCGGGUCAUCCAAUGGAUCUCUUCCAGAUGCUGCAACCGUUCUAUAUUCUACGUCUCAUCUCCCAGAUGACCACAGCCAUGAUUCUUUGGCCAGUGAGCCGAGUACCUCCUCACUGGGGUCCUCUUACCCUGUUGCCGUAGGAAGCACCUCCAGUCGCCUCUCUCCCAAUCCCCCAACAUCUGAUGUGGCGUCAGAUUUUCCAAGAAACGCUAUGACUUCACUAGCUAAGCCACAAUUGGGCGAGGUAAAGCCUGUGAAACCCCUACCCCAGAUGGAACUUAAUAUAGCCUCCAGGGCACUCAGGACUGCUAAUAGGAUAGACCCAGAUUACAUGGAUUACAAACAUUGUUCCCAGCACAAGGUUCUCAGACAGAGCAGCAGCUUGAGUGACACAAGGCUUCACAACAGUAUGGUUUGCAAUCAGUGCUCGAAUGAGUCCAUGAAGUCUACAUACAGUCUGCUAACACCUCUCCGGUCCAAGGAUGUUCGAAACAGUUAUUUGGAGGGGAGCCUUUUGGCCAGUGGUGCCUUGUUGGGAGCUGAUGAAUUGGAUCGUUAUUUCCCAGACAGAAGACUUGGGGUUUUUAUCGUUACAUGGAACAUGCAGGGAAGGAAGGAGCUCCCAGAAUGUCUGGAUGACCUCAUGCUGCCUUCAGAUGAUGACUUUGUUCAGGAUAUGUAUGUCAUUGGCGUGCAGGAAGGCUGCCCUGACAGGAGAGAAUGGGAGAUCCGACUCCAAGAGACCCUCGGCCCACAUUAUGUCUUACUGCACUCGUCUGGCCACGGCGUUCUCUACCUCUCCAUAUUUAUCAGACGGGAUCUCAUCUGGUUCUGUUCUGAGGUCGAAUUUGCCACCGUGACCACACGAAUGGUUUCACAGAUCAAAACCAAAGGGGCCUUGGCUGCAUCCUUCACCUUUUUCGGGACCUCGUUCCUUUUCAUUAACUCGCACUUUACUUCUGGAGAUGGAAAGGUGUCUGAACGAAUACUCGACUACAAAAAAAUCAUUGAGGGUCUCCAACUUCCGAGAAACAUUCCUGAUACUAACCCAUAUCGAUCAAAUCCCAUGGAUGUUACAAGCAGAUUCGAUGAAGUGUUUUGGUUUGGUGAUUUCAAUUUCCGACUGAACAAGGACCGACCGGGAGUGAACACUAUUUUGCAGACCAAACUGGAGAGAGACAUGUCUCGCCUUCUGCAAUACGAUCAGCUGCUCAAGUCGAUGCAAAACGGGUCGAUAUUUAAAGGUUUUGAGGAAGCCGAAAUUCAGUUCCUCCCCACGUACAAAUUUGACAUUGGAUGUGAUGCCUAUGAUACUACCUCUAAGCAGAGAACGCCUUCCUACACUGACCGAGUGGUUUACAAGAGUCGGCAUAAAGGUGACAUUCGUGUAACGAAAUACGCUUCAUGUUCGCUGAUGAAAACUUCUGACCAUAGACCAGUGUUUGGUUUAUUCGAUGUGCGGAUUAGACCUGGCAGAGACAACAUCCCUCUAGCCGCUGGGCAGUUUGACCGAGAACUCUAUUUGCUGGGCAUUAAAAGGAGAAGCUCACGAGAAUUCCAGAAGCGUCAGGCUGUGAAAAACCAGAAAAACAGCACUGUCUGUACAGUCUCAUGACUAAAACAGAACAAGAUUGCACCCAACUGAAUGCUGACCAUAAGGACUACAGCGAUUGGCCACCUACCAAGCACUUAAUGUUUAUCUAUUAUAUCUUCCUUCCAGGGAGAAGAUAAAUAUAUACUCUAAGAGGAUGGCAUUCUGGGUCUCUCAAGUUAUAUUUCAUUACCAGCUUUAGCGUUUCCUGCCAUGCAUGAUUCAAUAUUAAUUACGGAUGAUGUGGUUAAAAAAAAAAAAAAGCAUUUUAAACACAAAGAACCCACAAUUAUGAGUUUUAUUCAGACACUACAAAACCCCCUGUUAGCCACAUGGGGGGGGCGGGGGGGGCUGCUCAGGCCACUCAAGCAGCAAAGUCAUUCCUUACUUACAACAAAUGCACUGUCUCGGGUCUAUGACCUUGUUUUAUUAAAUGUAAUAUAUGUAAAUAUUUAACUUAUAUGAACAUCAGACCACAAAAAUAAAACCUUUCCAAAUGU